CACACACAGACACACACACACACGCGGCACUGCGCUCGGGACCGGUUUUUCUGCUGGCCGUAAAAAGAGGAGGCGCAAGUGACGGGUUCUCUUCAGUUACGAACCAGCCGGGUAGCCGUCACCAUCAGUUCUCGCUCUCGCUCUCGCUCUCCCUGUCUUUUCUUUAUCUUAUUCUAUCCGUCUCCAUCUAUCUCUCUGUCUCUUUUAUAUCUAUUCCAUCUUAUCCGCCGCUACACACCCUGCGACCGGUUUAUAUUAUCCCGCCGCUUCGUGAAUUUCCUCCAGCUCUCGUUCACUCUUCGUUCGUUAAUUGACUUUUGGGUUGGCUCAUUUAAUCGACCGAAAGAGUCUCUUGGUGACCGGCAAAGAAAAGCAAUUAACCGCUGGUAUACAUUGCGUCGACGGGGGGCGAAAAAAGGAAAAAAAGGAAAAGAGUCAAAAGGUUUUGACAUUGACAUUUCCAGUGAUGUGUGUGUGUUGCUGGAGUUGACGCUCGGCUGAUCAAUUUCUUCACAGCAGAUUUCGGCUCAGAUUUAUUUUGGAUUCAUCCGGACACCUGCUUUUUAAAUAUCUGUUGGGGGAUUUUGCGAGUUUUCUGUUUCAUUACAGACCGCCGACGUGUGUCGAGUGUGUGUGUGUGUGUGUAUCGCUGAAGACGACGCCGGUCGCCUCCGUUUGGCUGCUAACUCUUUUUCACCGCACCGCCGUCGCUCCUUCAGAAUACGCCCCGUCAAUCAAGUCACCUGGAAAACCCAAAAAUGGAGCCGGAAGAGAUGGCCAAGAACGUCGACGCGUGUUACAAGAACAUUUUGGAUAAGUUUAACCCGGGAGCCAGGCAACUGAUCAACGCUGGGAAAUCUUAUCUCAAGUCCUUGCACGGAGCGGCAGCGGCGGCCAAAAUCUAUUUGGAAUCUCUUUCGCGGGUGGCCAAGCAAGCUCAACAGGGAACCUGCGGCGGAACGGCCGACAUUGGCAUUGCCAUGCAGCAGAUGGUCGACGUCCAGCGGGAAAUUCAAAGCCAACAGCUCAACACGCUGAAGGCCUUUUAUGUUGACCUGAUCGUGCCACUGGAAUCCAAUAUUGAGAAGGACACCAAAGUUGUGCAGGCGGACCAUAAGAAAUUCAAUCAACAAUACCGCUGCCAAUAUGACGUCUACAGUAAGGCGAUGUCUCUUGUUAAGAAACACAGCAAAAAGAGCUCGUCAAAAGUGAAUCGAUCGUCGGCCUCGUACGACAAAGAGAUUAAGCAUAUGCAGUCGAUGGACGAAGAAAAAGCUAAACUGGAUGCCUUUUGUGAACAAAGUUUAAAAGAGGCCAUCGCUCAGGAGAGGAAGCGCUACGGUUUCGUGUUGGAGCGCCAGACUUCAUUGUCGAAACACUUUUUAGCUCAUUACGGUAAAGGGGCCGCAUUACUGGAGAAACACCUGGACGGAUGGCAGGAAACGUCCAAAGCCAGAGAGGAAUUGCCGCCCUGUGUUGAAUUCCUCCUGGGUCAACAGAGCGGGGCCAACAGCGAAAAUCUUUACGCCCUGCCGCGGACGCCCGUUUUAACGCUCGAAGACGAGGUGGAUUUCUGUUCUGCCUCUCAGAUGCGUAAAUCUCACUCGAUCGACACUUCGUAUCUCUACGAGGAAGCUCAGUCGACGUUCACGGAAGCGGUCAAUCCGAAAAUAAGCGCCAACCAAGGGCUAGGCGCCGGUAUUGGCGGAGAUAGCCGCCAUAUGGGAGGAGUUGGCGGUGGAGGCACCAAUCUUUGUAAAUCGAAGUCUGAAUUCAAUUUGGCUUUUGCUUCGCCGACCCGAUCAGUCAGGAGCGGCUUUGGAACGACAGCUCGACCCAAAUCUCUGGCGCUACCUGGCAGCACUAAAGGGACCGUCCGUGCUCUGUACGCCUAUCUCUCCAGCGGCGAGCAUCAAAUCAAUUUCCUCGAAGGCGAUUUGAUUCUAUUGCUCGGUGAUGAACCCGUCUCUUUUCACUCCAACGCUAACGGAGAUCGCAAUAAAGGAUGGUAUUACGGCGAAAAUGUGCGGACGGGUAAACGCGGAUGGUUCCCGUUGGCUUACACCGAACAGGUGAAGGACGCCGACGUCGAUUCCGGUCUCGGCUUGCGCUCGCAGUUUGACUCGAGUCUUGUGAGCGCUGGGCCUGUUGUAUUAGCGGCUAAUAACGUAGACGCCGAAUCGACCACGUCCGGCAAUUCCUCGGCUUCCAAUUCCAGCGCUAGCGGCGGUGGUCACAUCACGCAAAUAACGUCCUCGCCUGCGUCCGCAGCGUUGAAAUCCUCCUGCGCUCGUAAUGCUCAAGUCGUCGGCAAGCAGCAGCUGCUGAAUAAUAACGCGACCAACAGUAGACCUAAUAGCCUACUCUUAGGUGGUGAUCGGCCCUUGUUCAAUAAGGUGCCAGGCUUCAGCAAGCUUCGUAAGUCGCGUUCAGCGUUCGCCGAGCGCCUUCUCUUCCCUGCAACAACGCCCUCAGCACCCUGUUGUCCAGCAACGACACCGUCCGCCGCACCACUUCCCUCCGCCGAGCACGACGGCCGCCCCUCCGCCGGCGCCACCCCUGCCUCACCGUCUCCUAUGAGUCACCACUCGACGAUGACGACGAUGACGAUGUUGCCGCUAUCGCAUUCCUCCUCGACGCCCAGAAUGUUUAGCUCCUGCUGCACUCCAAUGAACAACAGCGGCAAUUCCUCCACGUCCGCCGCCCUAGCCAAUAACUUGUCAUCAUCAUCGCCGUCUCAUUCUAAUCACGUCGCCAGCGCCGCCGUCUUCUCCCCGACCAAGAAAGCCCCCGCUCCGCCGCCACGCCUCCAGACGACCCUAGCCCCUCAACCGGCCCAGCACCAGCACCACUCGCUUCUCUUAGGUAUGACCAACGCAGCCGAUCUUAGCCUGCGGAGUAGCAGCGACAGUGGUUUCGCCACCGAACCAGCCUCAGCUGCCGUACAAGAACAACAAGAGCAACAACACCAACCCCCGUCGACUCUGCUGGAACGGCAGCCGCCGCCGCCGCCAGCGCCCGAAGUCGACUACUCAGACGAGGAGAGUCUCAAAUUUCCGCCCAACCUGUCGCGCCAUUGGCUCUUGUACAGCUCAGCGCUGGACGUGAGCCAAAGCAGCAUGUGUAGCGCAUCAUCGGCGGUCGAGUGGACGAGGCAGCCUCAAAGCUGCUCGGGCAACAGCGUCGGCAGCGAUGGCCAGCUGAAAAAAGCAACUGGCGUUGGCCGCUCAAACUAUAACAACCAAGGACUCUCCAUGACGCUCGAUCGACCGACCAAAACACGCCCCAUGCCCAUGUCGGCCGUCGCGGCGACCGUGGCUGCUGCAGCCCGAGGGGGCCAGCAUCAGCGUCCAACAGCGGCGAGCGCUAGUAGUCGCACCAGUAGCGUUAGUAGUAUCUCCACUUCCACUUGUACGUCGUCCCCGUCCGUGAUCCGGACCGGCAAUAAUAAUAAACUUUCCAGCUACCCGCCCGUCUUGGGUUAUUUGGCCACGCUGACUCGCUCAAAGGCGUCCAAGCAGCUGCGUCGGCAUCGCAACAUGGGCGAUCAGCAGUCGGCGACCAACGGCGGUGGCAAAUCGUCUGAGAAAGAAAAUCAGCAGGUAGCCAAUGAUCAGCAGCAGCCAAUGCCGGAUCGUUCGGCCGCCGUUCGUCGACUGUCGGGACUCUUCACCAAGAACUCUUCGCCGUCGUCGUCGUCUUCCAACGGAUCGGCAGGGCAACGGGAUCCUGUGGCGACGGCGACGGUGGGCCCCCUGGGUGGCGGCGGCAGCAGCAUGGCGACUGCCGCCAAAAUCAAAAACAAAUUGUCGGCAGCGCCGGGCAUUCUGAAAACGGCUCUCUUCCGCUCCCGUUCAAAGGAUUCUUUCCUGGAUACUUCGUUAUUCUUCCAGGACGCUCAUCAACAGCCGUCGCCACCGUCGUCCGCUGCUGAGGCGACGCCAUGGCAGCACAAGUCGUCCGUGCCUUGUUACGUCGGUUGGCGACCGCCGAUGCCGUUGCCUAAAAGUUGCCAGGCGACCGACGUCGAUUACCGCCCCCCAUCGGCGAUGAACAGCAACAGCGUCCGACGUCGGGUCACCCGCAGCGAGAGCCGCCGCUCUAAUUUGGGUUGGCGCAAAUACGGCAGCGAGUCGGAUCUCCUGGAUCCGAUGGGAUCCAGCGAAUCCGGAUACAUGGCCAUCGACCCGUUCCUUCCACCAAUGCUACCCUCCUGGCCACCGACGCUGGCCCUUUUGCACCCGUUUUUCCCGGGCCGUCUCGGCGGCGGCUACCACGACGAGCCUUACUCGCGAGCCACCAACUACGCUGGAUCGUCGGGCUCCAUCAUGCCGCACACUUUACCUCGCAAAUUCCAACCGGAUUCCUGGCUUCACUCGUCGUCACCGUCGCUGCGCGUCCAGUUCAACCUGGAUCAAUUAGACGAGGCGCCAAUGUCGCCGGAAGAGUCGUCCAGGAAGUCGAGCGCGGGAGAGGAGCAGCGACAAAUCAAAGCCGAAUUCGAAGAAUACAGUUUGCGCUUGAAACAGCGGCUGCAAUUGGCCAAAUCUGGCAGCUCCCACAGUCUGGAUCAUCUGUCGGAUGCGGCCAGCGAUGGACAGGCCUGCGAACCCUGGUACGACCUCUGGGCUCCUGAAAUUUCCGUCCGGCUCUGUGAAAUUGCUCAAUUGUAAGUGCUCGGUUGGUCCGUUUUUUUUUUUUUUUUUUAAAUUGUGGCCUUGGCGGAGAGACAGGAAACGCUUACAGGUGGAGAAGCUAAUUCCCAAAAUGUUUGACUUUUUGUAAAAAAAAAAAAAAAAAAUCUAUUGCCUUCAUUUUGUGGUGAGUUUCUUCUUUGAAUUGUUGGAUAUAUAAAACAUACUUAGCUGUUUAUGCAGCAACCGGAAUUAGGCUAUUGGACCGCAAAAAUGCAGAUAAUAUUUAAGGGGGCGGGGCUGAUGCAAUGUAAAUAACUAAGGGACUGGCUAUGUAGAGGAGUAAUACCUUAAGGAUUUUCACCCGUUUUCUUUCCUUUCCUUUCCCAGCAUCGUCAACUUUGCUAUAUAUACAUAGAUAAUCAUUCUUUUUGCUUUCAUUAUUUGUCUGUUGAGAACUCUUUUGUUGUCUUCACUAAAUACUUGAUUACCUAAUGGACUGAGCCCGGUUCCCUAUUGGCUAAGAUAAUUGAACUUUGUUAACACGCCCCGAUCCGGGAUGAACAUGACUUUUCCGCUGCAUACCUUAUAUAAUACAUCUUAUUACAUAUUACAUUAGGUCGUAUUUGCUGCGGUUGUAUGUGCUAGUUCGGUACGAAAGGGGGAAAAGUAAUUACAAUAAAUACUGCUGUGUCAUAUACCGUACUGUAGCUAUAGAGCGAUGAGAAAUGGUUGCUGUGUCUGGGUUGUUACGAAUUCAAGUUCCAUGUCAUAUAUACACAGCAAUUAUAUGAUACACACUGCAUAACAUGUUACUAAUCCAAUUUUACCUACAAAGAAAAAAAAUGUGAACUUUUUCCUUCUAUUAGUUUGAUCAGAGUUUGAUUUCUUAAAAACUCCCCCGCCUGUACUGACAUGCGUGAAACAUCCGGAGCAAGAGCGCAAGUUGUAGUCCUUGGUUCCUACACAUAAACUAUAUUUCCCUUUUCCUCAUAACCCAUCAUGUAAUCUGGAAAAAAAAAGAAAACAUUUCGAUGAUUUUGGGCCAUUAAAAAAAAAAUAAAAUAAAAUAAAAUAAUUUCGAAAAAUGUGUGUUGAUUUCUUUUCUCUCGUGAGACAAUUUAUUUUUUGAGACUCGGGAAUUUGUUGGGCAACAACCGAAAUGAACAACACGAUUUCCAGUUUCCCGUCCAUUUUGCCAUCGCCGAAUAUUUUUGCGUAAUAAUAUAUGAUUGUAAUAAUAAGGAUAAAUACCGGAUAUAAAAUGGAAGGAACAAGGGAGGGGGGACGGGGAUACCGAGAGAGAGAGAGAGAGAGAGAGAAAGAGAAGAGGUACACAAUCAACUAAUUGACUAUAGCAAACACACACACACACACCCACACACACGCCCACACCAAAAAACGGAGGGGGUUAGAGAGAGACACAACAAAAUUGUAUUUCAACAGUAAAAGAUAUAAAUUGACAUGCAUCAUCAUCAGAGCGCAUGAAUGUAAGUAAUCGACGGUCCAUCAUAUCUUUCCUCAUCUCAUCGUGUAACGCGCCCAGCAACGAAACUGAAUACACUUUUCAACAUGUCAUCAACAAAAUUAUCGUCGUUAGAAUGACCUCCCGCCCUCGCAAUUUGUUUUGUUUUGUUUGUUUUUUUAUUUUUUUUUAUUUUUUUUUUAUUCAUAUUUUUGGGUUUGAAUUUUUACCUUUUAAAAAUUAAAUUAGAAAAAUGAUUCAGAUUGAUUAUACACGUACGUAGAUAUAACGUAUACGGAAGAUUCGUCUGUUGACAGUGGUUUUGGCUGAUUGGUUUAAAAAACAUUAUUGAUUGUCGUUUUCGUAUAUAAUUAUCGGAUUUCAGUGUAUAUAUGUGUGUGUGAUCGAAAUCAGUGAUUAUAUAACGAUUAAAUUUGAGUCUAUCAAAAGAAAUGGCGAAAAAUCCGUGAUGGAUUAUCCGGGCCCUACGUUUGGUAGGCUAUAUUUUUUUUUUUACUACAAUGAGUAUAGAAGGAGGAAGCGGAAGGGAAGAGAGGGAGACUUCUUUGAUGUUCCGCUGCGUGUCUACGGUCUGAUAUCGAUCAUAUUGUGACUAUAAUACUUUGACAGGUGGGUGGGAUUGUGUGGGCGGGCGUGUGGUGUAUGUGGAGGCGACACGCGUAUAAUGCGAUACAAUCUCGUGUCGGGUUAUUAAAAAAGAAAUCUUAGGAAAGAAGAAGAAGAAGAAGAAGAAGUAAAGAAAAAAAAACACUAUAAGAAAUAAGAGAAGAGAGAGAAAGAUACCGGGUGGGUGGCAAAGGUUUAGAUUGGAUGGACAUGUUCUAUAUUAUAUAUAUAAAAGGAAGUUUUUGGGAUGCCCUUGAUGGGAAUUGGAAAACGAUUGAUCGUUUUGGCCUUCGAUAUGACCACGCUCGGGUCGGCCGUUCUCUCCCCCCCAUGUCUUCUGCGUAUACAGCCGCGCACACAGUGUCUAUCAAAUAGAUUCUCUCCGGUCCAGCACCCAGCAGUCCACAGCGAACCCAACAGUUUUGUCUGGCCUACUAUAUAAAGGAGGUAAUACAUGUGAGAGAUAUUGUCAGGGGGAUCAGUCUAUGACACAAGGAGGAGAGACGGAGUGUGGGAGGGAGGCCGGGGGUUGGAUCCUAUACAAAAGUAAAUAUGGAAUCGUAUGGAAUCGCAGGAAGAAGACGUUGAGGAAGACGACGGGACAAAGCAGCAAAUAGCAAUAAGAGAUUUAAGAGAGUGAGCGAGCGAGAAAAUGACAGGAAAGAAGACAGAGAGAGAGAGAGAGAGAGAGAGAGAAAAGAGCGACAAGGAGCCGGGGCAGGAAUGCAAUAGUCAUAUAUAUUUAUUUAUCAAGGAGGAACAAGAAGAGUGGAGGACGAG